ACAUGGCAGCGGCGGCGCAGGCCGGACUGGCAGGGUUGAGGCGGGCGGCCUCGAUGAUGUGCCUAGGCACUCGGCGGCCGCCCCUCCGGGAGCUCUCGGCUCCGGCCCGGCUGUACCACAAGAAGGUGGUUGACCAUUACGAGAAUCCCAGAAACGUAGGGUCCCUUGACAAGAAAUCCAAAAACGUUGGCACUGGAUUGGUGGGGGCGCCAGCUUGUGGAGAUGUUAUGAAAUUACAGAUUCAAGUGGAUGAAAAAGGGAAGAUUGUGGAUGCCCGGUUUAAGACAUUUGGCUGUGGCUCUGCCAUCGCUUCGAGCUCCCUGGCCACCGAAUGGGUUAAAGGGAAAACGGUGGAAGAGGCCUUAACCAUCAAAAAUACCGAUAUUGCCAAGGAGUUGUGUCUCCCUCCCGUUAAGCUGCAUUGCUCCAUGCUUGCUGAAGAUGCAAUCAAGGCUGCCCUGGCAGACUACAGACUGAAGCAGAGCACCCCGGAGAAAAAGGAGGCUGAGGAGGAGGAGGAGAAGAAGUAGUGACUGAGGCCUGCCCCUUCCCCUGCUGUGGCCUGCGCUGGCCAGGCCCUCCAGUCUCUCCUUCCAGUGCAAUCGAUCUCACCUCCGAGGAAUAAAAGAGCCUUGUGAUAAUCACGCACAAUGUCCUGUCCUCAUAGAAGCUCUAAUCCAUCCCCGGGAAAUGCCCAGCUUCUGUUCUCUAUCUUUGGGCUUAUUUCUGCCCCCAUCCCCGCCUCGAGGCCUGCUGUAGCUGGAGAUUGUGAAUUGUGUGAGCCGUGUUACCUCGUCUGUUCCCAAGAAGGACCCAGAAGAUGGCAGGAAGCCCAGAAUGGCUUUCAUCAGAAGGGACAACUCUCAUUUAGCACUUAACUGCACCUGAGUUGGAUUUGGGGAAAAGAGACAUUGUUACAGAUUGCCUUGGUAGAAAUGUUUGAGAGAACCAUUAUUGUACAUAAAACAGAUCUUCUAUGUAUAUAUACACAUACACCCAUAUAUGAUAUAAUAAAACUCCUACAAGAACUCCUCUGUCCUCAAACA